UUUAUAUGGGUUGUGUGAAAUGGUUCGGCGCUACCGUCAGACCGCUAUCUUUCUCAGUGAUUAUUUUGAUUUUAAGCGGUUAAGUGGUUCGCAUUCCGUGCGCGAAGAUGGGCAAGCUACCGUACUAUUUCCCACAUCAAAACCAAUACGUCGCUGCAUUAGCAGCAUCCUAUGGCGUACUUACGAUCGGAAUGGUAUUUGGAUGGUCCGCCCCGGCAGGACCUCGGAUCCUGGAAGAUGGUGAAGGCAACGUAGAUCUGUCCGAUGAUCAAUUUUCUUGGACUAUCGCUUUUAUGCCUGUUGGGGGAGCGAUCGCUGCCAUACCUUGCGGACUAAUGAUGAAGUCGGAAGGGCGCAAGAAUACCAUACUGUUCUUUGUUCUGCCACUGCUUUUAGGAUGGGUGUUGCUGACCUGGGCUCAAGCUGUUGCGAUGAUGUAUCUUGGCAGAUUGUUGCAGGGAUUUGCUGCCGGCGCUUACUCUAUGUCGGUACCAAUCUACAUAGGUGAAAUAGCGGACCAACGAAUCCGUGGCACUGUGGGCAGCUUUUUCCAGCUCAUGCUAAACCUGGGUAUGCUGAUGUCGUUCAGCAUUUCGGUUGCUGUCAAUGUGUUUCAGCUGAACAUAAUUUCGGGUUUUAUUGUGCUACUGUUUGGACCCAUAUUCAUGCUAAUGCCUGAAACCCCACCGUGUCUGCUUAAGCGAGGUCAUAAGACCAAAGCUGUAGAAACGCUCAAAUGGCUGCGAGGUCCUAAAUGCGACGCAUUUUCAGAGAUAGAGCUACUCCAAACGCAGCAGGAUGCAUUGUUGAGCCAGCCCAAAAAGUCACUCAAAAAGACUUUAUUUACCCCAGAAACGUUAAGCGCACUGUUUGCAAUGAUUGGGCUGGUAACCUUUCUCCAGAUGUCCGGCAUUAAUGCGGUUUUGUUUUACGCCACAGACAUUUUCAUGAAUGCGUCGGAUUCGCUCAAUCAUGAAGUGGCUACGAUCAUCGUCGGUGUGAUGCAGGUUUUUGGCACUCUACUGGCCGCCUUCACAGUCGAUCGAGUCGGACGCCGCUGGCUGUUGAUGAUAUCCGCCGUAAUUAUGUGUGCCUCGCACAUUGUCCUGGGAGUUUAUUUCCAUCUGUUGAACACUAAUCCAGCACAAGUGGAAAACCUCGAGUGGUUACCCGUUCUGGCGCUAUCCAUCUUCGUAACUUUGUUUUCAAUCGGUUUUGGGCCAGUACCGUGGAUCAUGAUCGGUGAAGUGUUUGCAAUCGAUGUGAAGGAUCUCGCAAGCUCGCUGGCAACAUUUACCAGUUACGCACUGUCGUUCAUGUUGAGCAAAACGUUCAAUCCGCUUCGGAAUGGACUAGGCGAGGCAGGAACGUUCUGGUUGUUUGGUGGGUUCUGUUUGCUUGGUGCGGUUUUCGUGUUUCUAUUUGUGCCGGAAACGAAGGGCAAAACGUUCGACCAGAUACAAACCCGAUUGGCAAGCAGUCGAAUGUAUUACAGGGCGGAAAAAUAAUCUUUCUUGUAUAUUGCUUUCUUGAAUGUCGGUUGGUGUUUGAUUAUUUUAUUUGAUAGUGAGUAAGAGUCAUUAAUAAAUUGAAUAUAUCCUAAACUUUUUA